AAGACUAGCAGUCACAAGUCAUAAGAACACCUCACCGGCGCAUUACACCUGCAACCUUUGAAUGUCUUUGCGCUGCUUCCCAUUAUCAAGUACAAGUACCAGUACAAGCAGAAGUGUUUCCUCCACUAUCUCUCUCCUAAAACACUUGACUCCAUUUCCUUUCUACUCCAACAAACCUCCUUCUCUUCUCAAUCUCUCUCCUCUCCUCUUCCGCUCACCCAUGUCUUACCGCCCCAACAGCCAAGGCGGUCGUCGAGGCGGAGGCGGCAGAAAUCGAGGCGGCGGAAAUCGCGGCGGAGGCGGAGGAAGAGGCGGACGUGGCGGCGGCGGCGGUGGAGGAGGUGAGCAGCGCUGGUGGGACCCAGUGUGGCGUGCUCAGCGUCUCGCACAGAAAGCCACCGAGUAUGAAGUGUUGGAUGAGAACGAAUGGUGGAAUGAGAUGGAUGGAUUGAAGAAAGGAGGAGAGCAGGAGUUGAUUAUCAAGCGUUGUUUUAGGCGGGAAGAUCAAGAAAUUCUAUCUAAUAUGGCUCAACAGUUGGGGCUUCAUUUCCAUGCGUAUAACAAAGGAAAGACGCUUGUCGCCAGCAAAGUUCCCUUACCAGAUUAUCGUGCAGAUCUAGAUGAACGUCAUGGAUCUACGCAGAAGGAGAUACGAAUGUCUACAGACAUUGAGAAACGGGUUGGUUCAUUGUUGGAUAACUCUAAUGGCGCAAGUUCUUCUGAAAAGUCCAUUGGUGCAUCCUCUCAGAGUUCAAAGAAUUCAUCAUCCUCAAUGAACUUUGCGAAACCAGUUGCUGUUUUAGAGAAUAAUAUUGCUAAGGAGAAAAUUAGUGCUGAACUCAAGGAGCAGGAGGAGAAGUUAAAGGCAAGUGCAAGUGUACAAGCGAUGUGGUCAUUCAGAGAGAAGCUCCCUGCUUUCAAAGUGAGAUCUGAAUUUCUAAAAGCUGUUGCUAAUAAUCAGGUCCUUGUUGUGUCAGGGGAGACUGGCUGUGGUAAAACUACCCAGCUCCCUCAGUUCAUUUUGGAAGAUGAAAUUUCAUCACUACGGGGUGCUGACUGCAGUAUAAUAUGUACCCAACCGCGUCGUAUAUCAGCUAUAUCUGUUGCUGCUCGGAUAUCAUCUGAAAGAGGAGAGAAUCUAGGUGAAACUGUUGGCUAUCAGAUACGUCUGGAGAUGAAACGUUCUGCAGGGACAAGGUUACUGUUCUGCACAACAGGAGUUUUGCUUAGACAAUUGGUUCAGGAUCCAAAUUUAACUGGUGUGAGCCAUCUGCUAGUGGAUGAAAUUCAUGAAAGAGGAAUGUAUGAGGACUUCCUUCUUAUAAUAUUAAAGGAUCUUCUCCCUCGUCGUCCAGAUCUACGACUGAUUCUUAUGAGUGCUACCAUUAAUGCUGAGUUGUUCUCUCAAUAUUUUGGGAAUGCCCCCACUAUUCAUAUUCCUGGACUGACUUUUCCAGUUGCAGAGCUUUUUCUGGAAGACGUGCUAGAGAAAACCCAAUAUUGUAUCAAACCAGAACCUGAUAGCUUUCAGGGUGGCUCGAGACGACGAGCUAGACAAUUGGAUUCGAAAAGAGAUCCUUUAACUGAAUUGUUUGAGGAUGUUGACAUUAAUUCACAUUAUGGAAGCUACAAAACGAGUACAAGAAAAUCUCUUGAAGCAUGGUCUGGCUCACAACUUGAUUUGAAACUUGUUGAGUCAACUGUCGAGCAUAUAUGUCGGCAUGAGAAUGAAGGGGCAAUACUUGUGUUUCUCACUGGGUGGGAUGAAAUUUCUAAGCUACUCGACAGCAUUAAGGCGAACAAUUUUCUUGGAGACACUAGAAAGUUUCUUGUUCUCCCUUUACAUGGUUCAAUGCCAACUGUCAAUCAACGGGAAAUAUUUGAUAAGCCACCUGCAAGUACAAGGAAAAUUGUUCUUGCAACCAAUAUCGCAGAGAGUAGUAUUACUAUUGAUGAUGUAGUUUACGUAAUAGAUUGUGGAAAGGCAAAGGAGACUAGCUAUGAUGCUUUGAAUAAGCUAGCUUGUCUGUUGCCAUCAUGGAUUUCAAAAGCGUCAGCUCAUCAGAGACGAGGUCGUGCUGGUCGAGUGCGACCUGGAGUUUGUUAUAGACUGUAUCCCAAACUAGUUUAUGAUGCGAUGCCCCAAUAUCAGCUACCAGAAAUUCUUCGGACACCUUUGCAAGAACUAUGUCUGAACAUAAAGAGUUUGCAACUUGGAGCUGUUGGGUCAUUUUUGGCAAAAGCACUUCAGCCACCAGAUUCCCUUGCUGUCCAAAAUGCUAUUGAACUUUUGAAGACAAUUGGUGCUUUAGAUGAGAGGGAAGAGCUUACUCCUCUUGGUCGACACCUUUGCACUUUGCCUCUGGAACCAAAUAUUGGGAAGAUGCUUCUAAUGGGCUCAAUCUUCCAAUGCCUAAAUCCAGCAUUGACAAUUGCAGCUGCUCUUGCUCACCGUAAUCCAUUUGUCCUGCCAAUCAAUAGGAAGGAGGAAGCUGAUGAUGCAAAGAGAUCCUUUGCUGGUGAUUCUUGCAGUGACCAUAUAGCACUUCUAAAAGCAUUUGAAGGGUGGAAAGAAGCAAAAUCCAAUAGGACAGAGAGAUCAUUUUGUUGGGAGAACUUCUUGUCGCCAAUAACUCUACAAAUGAUGGAUGAUAUGAGGAAACAAUUCGUAGAUCUACUCUCAAACAUAGGCUUCGUGGACAAAGCAAAGGGUCCUAACGCUUAUAACCAGUACAGCCACGAUAUGGAGAUGGUGUGUGCCAUCCUUUGUGCUGGGCUUUACCCCAAUGUCGUUCAAUGCAAGAGAAGAGGAAAACGAACAUCACUUUACACCAAAGAAGUUGGGCAAGUCGACAUUCAUCCUGCUUCUGUAAAUGCUGGGGUUCAUCUUUUUCCUUUGCCUUAUAUGGUUUACAGUGAGAAAGUGAAAACAACUAGCAUAUACAUUCGUGAUUCAACAAAUAUUUCAGAUUAUGCUCUUCUCAUGUUUGGUGGUAGUCUCCUUCCAAGCAAAUCAGGAGAAGGAAUUGAGAUGCUUGGUGGGUACCUUCAUUUUUCUGCGUCAAAAAGUGUGUUAGAAUUAAUAAAGAAAUUGCGAGGUGAGCUUGAUAAACUCUUACGAAGGAAGAUCGAAGAACCAAGCUUAGACAUCAACACCGAAGGAAAGGGUGUGGUUGCUGCUGUAGUUGAGUUGUUGCGUAGUCAAAACUUAAGAUAUUGAAUCAUUGUUCUAAUCAUAUAGAGUAAUAUUUAAAGAUAUAUCGUUUAUUUAUUUUUUCUCUGACCAAAUAGAAUUGAAACAUGUUAGUAAUUUGUGUUCUUGGACUGAGUUGUAUUCUUGAUUUUUUGUGUGUUUAUAUAGUAAAUUCACAGUGAUCAUAACCUACACAAACAAAGUUGGUAAAUAAAUACUUCGAAUAAUUAAGCUGCAACGGCUUUUAGCCUUUUACGCAUUUAUAGAAUAUACACCAUCUUUUUUAUUUUAA